AUGACCCACCAACACGACGACGACGACUUUGGUCCCUCCGAGAACUCCAACUACAAGGUCGGACAGAAGAAGUCCCUCAACGACUACCAGAAUCUCGAUGCCGACGACGAUGCCCUCCGUCGCUGGAAGGAGUCCCUCGGUGUCGCCAGCACCGGUGUCUCCAAGUUGGAUGAUCCCCACAACGUUGUUGUCCUCCAGCUCGCCCUUGAGGUUACCGGUCGCCCCGAUGUGAUCCUGGACCUCACAAAGUCCGAGGAGGAGCUCAAGAAGCACUCGUUCACCAUCAAGGAAGGUAUUGAGUACCGCCUUAAGGUCCUCUUCAAGGUCCAGCACGAGGUCGUGUCUGGCCUCAAGUACAUGCAUAUCAUCAGGCGUCACGGUGUCAAAGGCAAGUUUGACAAGGCCGAGGAGAUGAUUGGAAGCUACGCCGCCAAGCCCGAUAUCAUCGAGAAGAAGGCAAUAAAGUCCAAGUUCUUCGAUGACGACAAGACCAUCCACAAGGAGUGGAGCUGGUCUUUCGACAUCAAGAAGGACUGGUAA